GCCAAUGACCUACUCGCACCCUGGAAACCCAAUAAAAGGAACUCCGCCGCCGCCUCUGCGCCCUUCUCAAGCUAAGUUUUAUGCUCCAUUGCCUCCGCCGGUUGGUCUCCGUCCCGCGACCCUUCUUCGCUCCUCCGCCCCUCGCCACCCCUCCUCGCUUCCUCUCCGCCGUCCUCUCGCCACCGCCGGCGUCCGCCAUGGGAGAGAGCCGCGCCGGCGAGGUGAAGGGCAAGGCCAAGCCCAAGGCCUCCAAAGACGAUGCCUACCUCGAGGCCAUCAUCGAGAAGCGCAUCCGGAUGUUCGAGUCCAUCCAGGCCCAGCAACUCGCCGAACGCCAGAAAAUCAGCGGGGAACCCAUAAAAAUAACAUUGCCCGAUGGGACAACCAAGGAGGGCAAAAAGUGGAUGACAUCACCCAUUGACAUUGCUCAGGGAAUUUCAAGUGGCUUGGCUGCAAGUGCUUUGAUAGCUCAAGUAAAUGGAACUCUUUGGGAUAUGACAAGGCCACUAGAGGGAGAUUGUGAGCUGAAGUUGUUUAAGUUUGACAGCAAUGAAGGGCGUGAUACCUUUUGGCAUUCCAGUGCCCACAUUCUUGGACAGUCUGUUGAGAUGGAAUUUGGUUGCAAGCUGUGCAUUGGGCCAUGUACUACUAGAGGGGAGGGUUUCUACUAUGAUGCAUUCUAUGAUGACUUGACCUUGAAUGAGGAGUAUUUUGAUCAAAUCAAAUCUCGUGCAAGCAAAGCUGCUGCGGAAAAGCAACCUUUUGAGCGAAUUGAAGUGUCCAGAGAACAGGCUCUUGAAAUGUUUUCAGAAAAUAAGUUUAAGGUGGAAAUUAUAAAUGAGUUGCCUGAGGACAAGACCAUCACAGUUUAUAGAUGUGGUCCUUUAGUUGACCUUUGUCGUGGACCACAUAUUCCAAACACUGCUUUUGUAAAAGCAUUUGCUUGUUUAAAGGCUUCAUCAUCCUAUUGGAGGGGAAAAUCGGAUCGUGAAAGCCUGCAAAGAGUUUAUGGGAUUUCCUUUCCUGAUUCUAAACGUCUCAAGGAAUAUCUCACCCAGUUAGAGGAAGCAAAGAAACGCGACCACAGAUUACUGGGACAGAAUCAAGAGCUUUUCUUUUUCCAUCCCCUUAGUCCUGGGAGUUGCUUCUUCCUGCCACAUGGGACUAGAAUUUAUAACAAGUUAAUAGAGUUUCUGCGAGUACAGUAUAGGGACAGAGGCUACCAAGAGGUGUUGACACCAAAUAUGUACAACAUGCAACUAUGGGAAACGUCAGGGCAUGCUGCGAACUACAAAGAGAACAUGUUUGUUUUUGAGGUAGAGAAACAAGAAUUUGGACUUAAGCCAAUGAAUUGCCCUGGCCACUGUUUAAUGUUUGAGCACAGGGUUCGGUCAUAUAGAGAAUUACCUCUUCGGCUGGCAGAUUUUGGAGUGCUGCACAGGAAUGAACUUAGUGGUGCACUAACUGGUUUAACACGUGUUAGAAGAUUUCAGCAGGAUGAUGCUCAUAUAUUUUGCAGGGAAAGCCAGAUCAAAGACGAGGUCAAAAGCGUUUUAGAAUUUAUUAGUUACACAUAUGGCAUAUUUGGAUUUACUUUCGAGUUGGAGUUAUCUACGCGGCCAGAGAAAUACCUGGGGGACAUAGAAACAUGGGACAAAGCUGAGGCUGCUCUCUCUGAUGCUCUCAAUGAAUUCGGGAGGCCAUGGCUGAUCAAUGAAGGAGAUGGUGCAUUUUAUGGACCAAAAAUUGAUAUUGGUGUUUUUGAUGCCCUAAAGAGAAAAUUUCAAUGUGCCACUCUACAGUUGGACUUCCAGCUUCCACUUCGUUUCAAAUUAUCAUAUUCGGCAGAAGAUGAAAAGAAAAUGGAAAGACCUGUGAUGAUACAUAGGGCUAUCCUAGGUUCUGUCGAACGGAUGUUUGCUAUCCUUUUGGAACAUUAUAAAGGAAAAUGGCCCUUCUGGCUUAGCCCUCGCCAAGCGAUUGUUUGUAAUGUAAGCGAAAAAUCUGAAGAUUAUGCAAAACAGGUACGUGACCAGAUACAUCAGGCUGGAUAUUAUGUUGAUGCUGACAUAACAGAUAGAAAGAUCCAGAAAAAGGUACGAGAGGCCCAAUUGGCGCAAUACAACUAUAUAUUAGUUGUUGGUGAGGAGGAAGCAAAGACUGGGCAGGUAAGCGUGCGUGUCAGAGAUGGUUCAGAUCAUUCCACAAAGAGCAUGGAAGCUCUCCUCACACAUUUAAAGGAAGAAGUAGCAGCGUAUCAUUAAAUAUUGAAGGCUGUUUUGUAGGAGCAUAUAUUUGAAUCAAAUCUCUCACUUCCUAUUUCCUUCAUAAUAUUUUGUAUGCUCAUAGGGAAUGUGUAGAAUCUCACUUAGAGAAAGUGAUUAAAUUACCAAUUCUACAUAAUUUAGUUGACUCCAUCGCAACAAUAGAUUGGUUGGUGCCCUUUUUUUGAAGGCUGUAAUUGAUGGAUUGAGCAUGAACUUGUGAAUCAAUGAAUCGUUUCAUAUUUGCCAUUA